AUGAGCAAGCCCGAAGAAGUUUUCGAUUUGAAUCCGGCCAUACCCGAUCCAAAACCGCCGUCUCGAUCUUCCUCCGACAACGAUCCCGUCGCCGAUCGGGCUCCGUCUGAUCCCAAUCACGUUUCCGAGGAGCUAAGUGAUCAUCUCAGAAAUGUGGGUUUGGACGACGCUGCGAAAGAGGUGAGUGUGCCGAUUAGUUUCUCUGAAGGUAAUGGAGAAACGGUUUCGAGGGAUCAGAAGGAGGAAGAAGUAGAAGGAAGAGAGCGUGAGAGUACGGUCGAGAGGAGAAUGAUCGUGUAUCCAGUGAGACCUGAUGCAGAGGAUUGCUCGUUUUUCAUGAGAACUGGGAGUUGCAAAUACGGAUCGAGUUGCAAAUUCAAUCAUCCCGUUCGAAGAAAACUCCAAAUUGGUAGGGAGAAAGUAAGAGAAAGGGAAGAGGAUGUGGAGAAUCCGAGGCUAAUGGAGUGCAAGUAUUACUUCAGGACUGGAGGGUGCAAAUAUGGAGAGUCAUGUAGAUUCAGUCACGCGAAAGAGCAUACUUCUGUGGUCUCACGGCCAGAGCUCAACUUCCUUGGCCUUCCUAUCAGAACGGGAGAGAAAGAAUGUCCUUUCUACAUGCGGAAUGGCUCCUGCAAGUUUGGAUCCGACUGCAAAUUUAACCAUCCUGAUCCCACGGCUACUGGAGGAGUUGAAUCUCCCUUGUUGCGUGGUAAUAACAAUGGUGGAUCGUUUUCCCCAAAGGCCCCAUCUCAAGCGAGUUCAACUUCUUGGUCUCCAUCGAGGCAUAUGAAUGGUACUGGUACUGCUCCUUUUAUUCCAGGCAUGUUCUCACAGAACCGUGGAGUUUCUCCUCAAACUUCAGAUUGGCAUGGGUAUCAGGCGCCUUCUGUGUAUUCAUCAGAUAGGAGUGUGCUUCCUUCUCCCACAUACGCGGUGAACAAUUCAGUGGCUGAAACUGGUUCAUUCUCACAAUACCAACAGCAGAUGCCUGUUGACGAGUUCCCAGAACGUCCAGAUCAGCCAGAGUGCAGUUACUAUGUUAAAACUGGGGACUGUAAGUUCAAAUACAAAUGCAAAUACCAUCAUCCGAGAAACAGAUUGGCAAAUAAGCAAACUCCAUCCACUUUUAAUGACAAGGGCUUACCCUUAAGACCUGACCAGAACAUGUGCACACACUACAGUCGCUAUGGCAUCUGCAAAUUUGGUCCAGCUUGUAGAUUCGAUCAUUCGAUACCGCCUACAUUCUCGUCCAGCAGCUCCCAAAACGUAGAAGCUUCUCAACUCGGCGGCAACGGAGAUGAAGUUGAUAGCUGGAAUUGA